CAUUGUUUCUAAAAUUUUCGUUGAUAACUGACAAUACAAAGGAUUGUAAGUCAUUAUUUCAAAUAAAAUAUGAAUUUUAACAUAAAAAAAUUACGUGACGCAACUACUUUCAACCAUGAAUAUUUGCCCAAAGACAAAUCGUCACAAAUACGUGAUAGCUGGUGAUAGCGAAAAGUAUGUUCAACGAACAAAUCCGUUUUCUACGAGUUUGACAGAUAAUCAGCUGUCAGUUUACCGAAAUUUCCAAAAGAUAACAAUUUAAUAAAUAAUUUACCAUGGAAGCGGUACCGCGGUUACCUAUGAUAUCUUUUCAAUUAAAAAUUAGUCCGGAACCCACUACAUUUGGACCAAAGUUGAAACAGUAUAUACGUGAUUUUUACAAUGAAGAUGCAGAGUCAUACACAAACGAAAUACAUCAGUUGGAAAGUUUACGGGCAAUGGCUAUACGACCACCCAUAGAUAUGGCAGGCUGUUUAUUGUUAAAAAAAUAUUAUUGUCAGUUACAUUUUCUUCAGAGUAGAUUUCCUAUGGGAAAGGAUGGUGCAGCAGCAAUUACGUUUACAUGGAGAGACACAUACGCGAACAUGGUUUGUUCGCUAGCAAAUAUUCGUUUUGAAAUAAUUUCAAUCUUGUAUAAUAUCGGUUCGAUGCAUACUCAGCUGGGUGCGCGUACAGAAAGGACAUCUGCUGAUGGUAUGAAGAUGGCUUGUGCUCAUUUUCAGUGCGCAGCAUGGGCGUUUGAGCAUUUGAAAAAUAGCUAUCCACAGCCAUCUGGUGUGGAUUUAGCGCCGGAAUUAAUGACAUUUAUGCAUCAACUUUGUUUAGCUCAAGCUCAGGAAUGUAUAUUAGAAAAGAGUAUGCUUGAUAAUCGGAAACCUACCAUUGUAGCAAAAGUCGCAAGACAGAUAGUGGAUUAUUUUACUCUGGCAUUAAGUACGCUUGAACAAGGUGGAAGCGAAGAUGGAACAAUUUCAGAUACAGUUGGUACUAAAAUUUAUAAGAGCUGGAAACGUUAUGUAAAAUUCAAAAAGGCUUAUCACCUAGCUGUUACUCAUUUAUAUCAAGGAUUGGCAGCUGAAGAACAAAGAAAAAUGGGAGAAAGAGUAGCAUUUUAUAACGUUGCAUUAGCGUCUCUAAACGAAGCGCAAUUAAUUUACACAAGUGCAAAAGGUUCGAUCGGUAUAACCGGGUCGGCCGAGGAGAAAACAAUCGUAGAAGAGGCGCUUACAUUCACGAAUGACGUGAUAGAAGGAAAACGUAAAGCAGCGAAAAAUGAAAAUGAAUUUAUAUACCAUGAGGAAAUACCUGAAAAGGAAACACUACCCACAGUAAAGGGUGCUUCUUUAGUUAAAGGAAUAUCGUUCAGUAUUAAUGAUCCUGAAGUUUCAGGCCCUGAUAUAUUUGCCAGACUGGUACCAAUGAAAGUACACGAAGCAAGUUCUUUAUACUCGGAAGAAAAAGCAAAAAUACUACGAUCCGUUGGUAGUAAGAUCGAGGAGAAAGAUCAGCAGCUCAAUACGUAUUUGACAUCUUUGAAAUUAGAGCACCUGAGUUUAUGGGAUCCGGAUGUUCAAACCACAGAAUGGGAGCGUUUACCCCUUCCCGACGAAUUAAUUGAGAGAUGCGCAGCCUUAAAUGCGAAACAACACGUCAUUCAAGAACUGAUUGACAUAAUGGAAAAAUUAUCGAAUACCAGCCAAGAUGUCGAGAAGAUAUUAAAAGAAAUCAAAAAACUUCUUCUCGACGAAGAAUUAAAAGAAAAACAGUAUCAGGAUGCAGUUGGAAAAAGACCGCCGUCGAUAGUGGCUACCGAUUUAACCAGAGAAGCUAAAAAAUACGAAGAGGCUCAUAAUAAAGCUUCGGAAAGUAAUCAUGCUCUUCACAAAGCGAUAACAAUGCACGUGAAGAAUUUAAAAAUACUUUCCCAACCUCUCGCCGAGCUUAUGAACCAUGUACCUUCGCCGAGCGCAUACCUAUCAGAACAAAACACUGAAAAAUCUCAUACCGCGAUUGAAUUGGAACGAAUGCAUACUAAAGAAUUAAAACGCAUUCUAAAUAAAGUGGACGAGAUGCGUAGACAAAGAAAUGAAUUGCAUACGAAAUUACGGGAUUCAAUCGCACAGGAUGAUCUGACGCGUUUGCUAGUUACUGCUACGUCCGAUUCUGGACCCUUGGAUCGUUUAUUUGCAGAUCAACUUAGCAAACAUCAAACUCUAGUAACAUUGUUGGAACAAAAUUUAGCUGCACAGGAUAACAUUUUAGCAGUAUUGACUGAUUCGUAUGCUCAAACUGCUAAUGUGCGGAAAGGAGUCGAGGAGAUACUGAAACGUCGAGAGCACAUUAUCUCUUCCUUAAUUAGUUCUUACGAUGCUUACGAAGAUUUAUUGGCGAAAUCCAGCAAAGGGCUUGAGUUUUAUAGAAAGUUAGAAAUAAAUGUUUCAAAAUUACUUCAGAGAGUGAAGAGCACGUGCAAGGUACAGGAAGAAGAACGCGAGCAUAUACUUGCUCAGGAUAGUAACAAAAAUUCCCAAGAAAAGAGCGAUACAGUGAUAUCCGCUAAUUACGAUCAGAUCCGUAGUCGAGCCGGUAGCGGGCUUAAAUUAAAGGAUUACUUAAACAGCAGAACCGAGAAUAUUCCAAAUCAAUAUUAUAAUAUAUAUAAAGGACAGAAACAAGGUCAAGUAGACGCAACGGUAAAAUCAUACAUGAACGAUGCAAUGGAUAAAAGUGCAGCGGUGCAUUCGGCUGGCAUUCCUGUAUUGGAUGCAAUGUCAGCUGCAAAAAUGCAGCAGUAUUAUCCCACAAACUACACAGAUUAUAAAACAAGUUUGCCUUAUCCUCACGAAGCUUCUGCGUACAAUGAAAAUGCCAUCACUGCGAGCAGUGGUUUAAAUCAAAAUUAUAUGCAAAUAAAUAACUCGGAUCCUGCAAAUGCUUAUCCACAAAUGAUUGCAACGAGUACGGCUACUGAUAUAGCAAAUACAACUGGGCAGUAUCCAGUAAAUUCUUUUCCAUCGAAUGGACAGUAUCCUGUAACUAUGGAUGGACAACACGCGUAUUCUAAUACUCAAGCUCAGUAUAACUAUCCCGGAAUUACAUUGCAAUACGAUACGUAUCAGCCUUCGAUCGAUUACGCCGAAUACAAUGUUGCUCAGCAAUAUUCUAAUCUAGAUAAGACUGGUAAUAUCAUUCAGAAUGAAAUAAUUUCUCAAACGUCGACAGGAGCACAAGCGUCUAUGCCUUCGUCGAGUAUAGUUAAUAAAACGGCGGAUAUACAGGCGCAUCAUUAUGCUACCAUGAAUCAACAGGUAGCGCAACAAUACAAGCCAGAACCUCAGUCAAACCUUGUUCCACAAGAAUCUCUUCAGGCCGUUAGAGGUCAACAUGUAAUACCGGCUGAUAGUCCACAGAUACAAAAUUAUACGCUUCCCCAAGUUAAUCAGAAUGAAAUUGUCUGUUCUCAAAAUUACGGACCUAAGAUGUACUACAAUGUACCUGAACAAUAUUCUCAGCAAGUGACGACAACUCAGAAUACGUCCGAAGCUACGAACAUCGCUGCUACUGCUCAUUAUAUACCAACACAAUAUAUGAACACAAACGUCCCUCAGUCUGUUCAUUCUACGACUUCGUUGACCGUUCCAGUGAACAACAUACCUACUUCGUAUGCUUCGAAUUUACACAAUUCCAGUAUUGCACAAUAUCCGCAACAGAAUGCUACGGAACAGAGUAAAAUUUAUACGGAUAUAACGUAUCAAUAUGGAUCACAGGUACCUAUCAACGAUACCGCAUUAAAUUAUCCUAGUACUUAUCACAGUUUACAGCACGGAAGUGGAGUUUCGUAUACACAGGCCGUGUUACCCACGGAAGCCUGUAACACCUACUCGUAUACAAAUUGUUCUACCAAUCCUGAAAUAAUUCAGAGUCAUACAAAAUCGUCUACGAAUAUCCAUAAUUACUCGCAAGCAUACCAAUAUCCUCAACAAUCGCAUUAUUACGAAUACGUUGAUUAUCCAAAUAUGUACAAUCAAAGGAAUAAUUACAUGCAAAGAACGCAAGGAACUACUGUAAUGACAGAACCUUAUAAACAUCAAAUGGGUUACACGUAUAAUACUACUAGUCAGUGUUACGAAUACAAUCCCAGUAACCUUCAGGCCUCGCAACCACUUCAAGUGUCGUCGCAACAAUCAUCGGAAUCAACGUCGGAAACAAGCUUAAACGUUUACCAACAACAAGAAAGUAACGCGAGAUACACGAAUGCUAGCAAUAAUUCUAUGGUCAGUCAGACUCCAUCUUCUCAAUAUUCAGGACAAGGGUACCAACCUCAGAGUUCAAGUGAUAUUUAUUAUUCUACACCUUAUGGUCUUCAAAUGCAAAAUCAAGGGUCUACCAGUAAAAACGAAAAUUAUACUAAUUACAACCAAACGUACAUGCAAGCUGUUAACAAUGGAACAAGUACAACGACUAGCGGAAAUCCUACCAAAUCUACCACGAAAUCAUCAGAGAAAUCCAAUGUGGAUUUACUUUCUGACCUCGACGUUACGAUAAAUCAUGCACCCUUAGUGCCAGAAGUACGUCCCCUUAAAGUUCAACAAGAAGAAGCUGUACCAAAAGAUGUGGUUAAUGAGAAUGAUAAAGAGAAGAGAAAGGAGAACGAACAAUCCAACACUCAGCCUGCUACUGUAAUUGAAGAUAAAAUGGAGAAUGAAAAUUUGCAAAUUGUAUGGGAUACAUGGUCGAACGAUGUACAACCGAAAAAAGAUCCUUUAGGAGAUCCAGCAGCGUUACAAAAAUUUAUUAGUGAAGUUGAAAAAUAUGAAAAAUUUGUUGAUAGCCUACUUGUCAAAACAUUAAGCGGAGCAAUUAAUCUUGAUAUAAAAUGGAAAGAAGUUCAAGAAUUUGAAGAAAGAGAAAGUGGAAAACAAUCGUGUACAGUAGCAUUAGCGCAUUCCUCCGAAAAUAGAACAACGGAAUGUAUUCCUUAUGAUACAACAAGGGUACAAAUAUUAUCACCGGAUGUUUCAAAUUACAUCAAUGCUUCCAACAUCAUGGAAAUUACACAAUGGAUACCGAUAACAUUUAUCAUUACUCAAACACCGCUACCAGAGAAAUUGGAAGUGUUUUGGACGAUGAUUUGGGAACAAGAAAGCGAGAUAAUCGCCUGUUUGGUAUCCGAUGCACAGUUAAACAAUGAAAUAUAUUGGCCUAUAAACGAGGAAGAUAUUCUAAACGUUGGUAGCUUUACAAUUUUAUUGAAGAAAAGAGUAAAUCAUAUUUCUUAUAUCCAGAGAAUCAUUUCUAUACAUAAUACUAAGAAAAAAUUAGAAAAGACUGUGGUACAUAUGCAGUUUCUUGCAUGGCCUACCAAUGGUUUCCCUAGCAGUCCUGGCCCAUUGCUUACAUUUGCAACAGACGUAAUGACAGAACAAGCAUUGAGACGUUGUUCAAAACCAAUAGUGGUACAUUGUUGGGACGGUGGAGCAUUAAGUAGCUUGUUCCUUGUAGCAGCAUCAACGUUGUGUCAUAUACGUGCUGGUUGUGGAAUAGUCAAUGUACCACUUGUAUUCAAGGGGCUUUUGAAGUGUCGUAAACAAGUUGUAAAUAAGGAGUCCCUGCUAUUUGCGUAUCAGCUAGUAUUGUAUCAUGCUCAAGACAUUUUAAUGAAACGUGGUAUUUUAUCGUCUACUCGUUCAACGUUUGAAAACUUCGAAGGAUUCAAAGGAAGCAAGGACAAAACAUCGAGGAAAAUGCAUCCUUCCGAUGAUUUCCUUCAAAGUCUUGGUAUUAAUGCCCAGCGUUCCGAUGAUGAGCAUCAAGGUCGACAAAAAGGUAGUAUCAGUAGCGGUGCAGCUCAUUCAACUUCAACGUCGAUUCAAGAAAAAUCUAAAGAAGGAACAGCGAUUGACCCUUUAAGUCAACUAGAUCCUUUAUGGUCUAUUAGAAGAUAAUCGAACAUAUUUACAAACGAAAUUUUACUAUGCACCAAUUAAUAAAUUUAUUAUUUAAUUGAACAUUUCCAUUCCUGUUUCUAAACUUAACAGUAAUAAAAAUAUUAAGGUGGUUAUUAUUACGGCAGUGUAUAAACGAUGCAAUUCAUAUUAACAUAAUUGACUUGGUAUCCGAAGCAAAAGACUUAUUGUUCAAAUAUUUCUUAAUAUUUAAGUUUUAAAGAUUUUACAGUCUGCGAAACAAAUAAAAAUCUCAAAUAAAAUAUAUGUAUAAAAA